AUGGUUAAUCUUCCAACGGCCAAUUGCACCGCUCCACUUUUCUCGCUUCUCCCACUCAAACCCAUUGGUAAGCGGUCCCUGGACAACGUUAAACACAUAGUUUUUGUCUCCGCCGGUAAGGGCGGUGUGGGGAAGUCGAGCGUGACAGCAAAUCUGGCAGUUGCGCUUCGAAACCGCGAUCUGAACGUUGGAAUUCUCGACUCCGACAUUUUUGGGCCCAACAUCCCCAAACUGAUGGGUCUGCGCGGCGAGCCACGCAUCAGCGCCCACAAAAAGCUCAUCCCGCUGAUGAACCACGGGAUUCAGACCAUGUCGAUGGGCUACCUUGUUCCCGAGAAAGCGGCGGUCGUGUGGAGAGGUCUGAUGGUGCAGAAAGCGCUCCAGCAGCUGCUUUUCGACGUGGAGUGGCGCGACCUGGACGUCCUGCUGGUCGACACGCCGCCCGGAACAGGUGACGUGCAGAUCACGCUGGGCCAGCAGCUGAAGGUCGACGGAGCCGUGAUCGUCACCACGAGCCAGGACCUUGCGCUCAGCGACGUGAGACGCGGGCUGACGAUGUUCGAAAAAAUCAGUAUUCCGAUUCUGGGCAUUGUCGAGAACAUGAGCGUGUUCACGUGCCCCAAGUGCCACCACGAGGAGCACGUGUUUGGCGAGAGCGAGGAACUGAGCAGUCUGCAGCAGCAGGGAGUGGCUCUUCUGGGCCGCAUCCCGCUCUCAAGAGAAAUGUGCGGCGAUGUGCUCCCCGCCACAGACAAGCACAGCCAGACAGGCGCCGUUUUCGAGGCCAUCGCCACCGAGGUGCUGAAAAAGAUAUCCUAG